AUGUCUAUUUUUUCAGGGUAUUGUUUACAAUGUAGUUCCGAACAUAGCGAUCGUAAUCACAGCGAUGUUGGCUCCAUUCAUAGCGACACGAUUGUUGAGUGGUGGUCGAUCGAUGACGGUCACCAGAAAACUCAUGGAGAUCUUAUGAUACCGUACUUCCACCGUAAUCUUCAGGGAGUUUCAUUGAUCGGUGUGGCUCUGUGCCUGUUCCUCGUACCAUGCACGUCAUCGUUCACGCCUGCUCUUCUGAUAUUUACCAUGGCGAUGGCUUGUCGAGGAUUGCACCACGGAGGCGUAUCCGUGAACCCACACGAUUUCGCUCCUCAUCACACAGGAGCCGUUUUUGGCAUUUUCAAUGCAUGCGGAGCGAUCACAGGUUUUAUCGGCGUCUAUGUGGCCGGUCACAUCCUCGACGCCACCAAUAAUAAUUGGUCUUACGUCUUCAUUAUUACGGGUGUACAGUGUGUUAUUGGAGCGAUUGUUUAUGGACGAUACGGGACGGGCACAAAGAUCAUCUAA